GUCCAGUCUCGGCCGGCUCGACCCGACCACCCGACUCGUCCAUGGCUUGCGGGAGCAUCUUGCACAUUCAGAGAGCAUGAGAUCUUUCUUACUUCCUGCACACCAACCGUCUGGAACUUCACUAGUCAAGUGAAAUCGCAUGUCCAAAGGGAAGUAUUCAUAACAGAUCAGAGAGCAAUAGCAUUCCAAACAAGUCUACCAUCUGGCAUUAGUACCUUGUUCUUUUUGUUCAUCAAAGCUUCUCUUGGUUUAGCAUACACAUCAUUCUAAUUUCGCAAUACAUUUAAACAUUAAGCAAUGACUUGGUUAUAUUUUGUCUGUAUGAUGUUGGCAGCUUGCUUGAAGUUCCUUAGUCCCAAAGGUAUAGAAAAUUUGGUAUUUCCUGAAGGCACAAGACUUAAUUCUGUGGUCAAGAGGAUUAUAUACAAAUCUGAUGACAAUGACUAUGAUACAUACCACUCUGACGCAAACUCAACAUAUUUGCUGCAACAUGCUGAAGCUACCAGGUUCAAUCUGUUUACAGGAUUUCAGACACUUCCUGACAGAGAGGAGAGCUUCAAGGUGAAUGAAACUAUUAAUGUGCACUGUGGUUUCUACAGUGACAAUGGUGGUUUCAAAAUUUCUGACAUUGACAUGAGAUAUAUGAGAUCUUGUAAAGUUGUUGUAUCUACCUGUGCAUUUGGUGGUGGGGAUGAUCUAUAUCAGCCUAUUGGAAUGGUCAAUUCUUCAAUUGGAAAGGUCUGUUAUGUUGCUCUCUGGGAUGAGGUCACACUAUCAACUCAGGAAUCUGAAGGAAGAGUAGUCGAUGGCAACGGAAUGAGAGGAAGGUGGCGCAUCAUUGUUGUCAGGAGCCUCCCCUUUGUUGAUCAGCGGUUAAAUGGAAAGAUACCAAAGAUGUUGAGUCAUCGCCUUUUCCCAGAAGCAAGAUACUCUAUAUGGGUGGACUCUAAAUACCAAUUCCGAAGGGAUCCAAUAGGAGUGCUUGAAGCACUUCUUUGGAGAACAAAUUCUACCUUUGCUAUUUCUGAACAUGGAGCACGGAGUAACAUCUACGACGAGGGUAAAGCUAUUGUUCAAAAGCACAAGGCUACUCCAGAAGAAGUUGAGGUUCAGUUAACUCAGUAUCGUAAAGAUGGGAUGCCAGAUGCAAAAAGAUUACAUGGGUUAAAAGCUUUAGCUGAAGCUUCAGUCAUUGUGAGGGAGCUGGCCCCAGUGACGAACCACUUCAUGUGUGCUUGGUUCAAUGAAGUUGUUCGAUUCACAUCUCGAGACCAACUCAGUUUUCCGUAUGUCUUGUGGCGUCUAAACAUGCCAGGAAUCAAUAUGUUCCCUGUGUGCACUCGGAGGGAUCUUGUGAACAGUUUGGGUCACACAAGAAAAGUAAAACCUCUUCUUACACAGACCAUUUCAGAGUCUUCUACCACGUAAAUGCCAUUUCUGGUUCAUCUGCUGACAAUCAACUAACCACCGUUGAUUUAUAUGGUUAUAAUCUGCCGCACACCUGGUCCACAGUUUUGUUGUAAAUUAUUCUUUCAUUGUUAGUCAAAAUCGUCACGGUCUCUCUGUACAAGGAUUUGCACCAGAUAGACAUUAAGAGGCAACCAAUCCGUAUCUUGAUGGUACCUGUAAAGUUCUCUUUUAUUUGGUGCGAAGGAGCAAUGUCACCCUUUACUUUUGCUAUAUAUAUAUGAAUGUGUAACAUGUGAAUUUGUGAUGCACCUGUUGCUGGCGAUCAAUGAGAACGGUCUCAUCUGCUGUC